UCUUUGCCGAAUAUUUGGGUAUGCGAACAGUGCAACAUACGAAACAAAUGAGCGUCACAUUACGUCAUAUUAGAAUCGUAUGAGUUUUUUUUUUUUUUUUUUUUUCUUUUUUUACAGUGACCAGGGGUGGCGCUGUUUCUCCUCCUGCCUCAGCGGCUCCUGGAGAAGCGCCGCGGCGGCGACUGGAGCUGCUCAGGCUGAGAGGUGGAGUCUGACGGGAGGGAAGGAGGGACGGACGGACGGAGGGAGAAGAAAGAGAGGAAAAAAAAGAGAAAAAAGGCAGACACAACAGAAUAGGGGGAGGACGGCAGAAUAACUACGUCAGCUGAAAUUAACGUAAUAAUAUAAAUAUUUACCAGUUGCUGCGAGAUAAAAAGAAGACACCAAGAAGAUGAUAACGCCGUAUUUCCUAGAGAAUUUCUGGGGAGAAAAGAACAAUGGAUUCGAUGUGCUGUACCACAACAUGAAGCAUGGCCAGAUUUCUACAAAAGAGCUGUCCGACUUCAUUCGAGAAAGGGCUAUUGUUGAAGACACAUAUGCAAAAUCCAUGACCAAACUGUCCAGAUCAGCCAGCAAUUUCUCCCAGUUAGGGACAUUUGCACCGGUUUGGGACGUUUUCAAAACCUCAACGGACAAACUGGCCAGCUGUCAUUUAGAGUUAGUUCGAAAACUUCAGGAAUUGAUCAAAGAAGUUCAAAAGUAUGCAGACGAACAAGCAAAAGCACAUAAAAAGACAAAGGAGGAAGUGGCCGCCACGCUGGAAGCAGUGCAGAACAUCCAGAGCAUAUCUCAGGCCCUUCAAAAGUCCAAGGAGAACUACAAUGCCAAGACUGUGGAGCAGGAGCGUCUGCGGAAGGAGGGGGCUACUCAGAAAGAUGUAGACAAGGCUGGAGUGAAGGCCAAGAAGGCCACGGAGGUGUACAGGUCCUAUGUGGAGAAGUAUGCCACAGCGAAGGCUGAGUUUGAGCAGAAGAUGGCUGAAACUACCCAGAAAUUUCAGGACAUUGAGGAAAGCCACAUUCUCCACAUGAAGGAGAUCAUCCAGUUGUACUCCCAGUACAUAGAGGAAACACACGUGCAAAUAGGGGUGGUUCACCAGGAGUUUGUCAACAACAUGGAAAAUACAACGGUGGAGAGCUUAAUACAGAAGUUAGCUGAGAGCAAAGGAACGGGUAAAGACAGACCUGGACCUAUUGAGUUUGAAGAGUGUAACAUUGCCUUUGCCACAGAAGGAGCAAAACCACGGAAGAGAAAAGGUUUUGGAAUACCAGGGCGUAGGAAAGAGAAGGAUACUGAUUCAAUGGAAUCCACAGAAACGGAGUGUGCUAAAACAACCAACGGGGCGCCACCAGGCUACUACGGGACAAUAGACGUGCAAAAUGCUAAUGUCCCUGAGGUCGAUGAAGAAGGAUUCCGUAUUAGGCCUGAAAUUAAUGAGAAUGAUGCCAAAGACAAUUCCUUUUACUCGUCGAGUGACUCUGAUGAUGACGAUGAACCCAGGAAGUUUCACGUUGAGAUUAAGCCUGUGCAACCAAACAACGGAAACCAUCAGACACGUUCAUCGAUAGAUGAGCUGAAGGCAUCCAUUGGGAACAUCACGCUGUCACCCUCUGCGUUGGGCCAGAUGAGAAAGAAUACAUCCAGUGAAGAGUUGGUGAGAUCCCGGAUGCCUGCAUCUUGCAAUGACAACAGACUGGCCAGUAAUGACCUCCUGUCCCUGGAUCCCUUCGGCCCCUCCAUGUCCUCAUCCACAGCUUUGCCAGUACCGGCCAGACCCUCCACCCCUCUGGCUGCAGGAACCAUAGUGCCACCCCCACGGCCAUCCUCCAGACCAAAGCUUCCCGCAGGCAAGCUUGCAGGCAUCAAUGAAAUAGUCAGGCCAUUCAGCCCUCCAAAGACCUCCAAUGCAAGCCCUCCUCCAGCCGCACCCCUGGCCCGUGCGGAAAGCUCCUCCUCCUUGUCCUCCAAUGCCUCCCUGAGUGCUGGAAACACCCCAACAGUAGAUGAGGAUGUGUUCAUUGGGAAACUGCCCACCUUUGAAAGGCGCUGUGAGACCCCAGCAGGGAUUUCGCGAGGCCCCAGUCCCAUUACACUGGCAUCCCAGGACUCACUACCCAUUGCAGUGGCCUUCACAGAAUCAGUUAAUGCCUACUUCAAAGGCGCUGAUCCCGCAAAGUGCAUUGUUAAAAUCACAGGCGAUAUGACACUCUCUUUCCCAAGUGGCAUCAUCAAAAUUUUCACCAGCAACCCUUCCCCUGCUGUAUUGAGCUUCAAGCUAAAGAACACUAACAAGUUAGAGCAGAUCUUGCCCAACCAGCAGAUACUGUACAGUGAUCCCUCACAAAGUGACUCUAGCACCAAGGACUUCUGGCUGAACAUGCAAAAUCUCACUGCCUACCUCAGGAAAGCAUCUGAGCAAAAUCCUGCUGCCUCCUACUACAAUGUGGAUAUCUUAAAGUACCAGGUUGCCUCUAAUGGGAUCCAGUCAACUCCGCUGAACCUGGCUGUGUACUGGAAGUGCAGUCCCGGUACCACAGAUCUGCGAGUUGACUACAGAUACAACCCGGAGUCCAUGCUUAGCCCAAGCCCUCUGUGCAAUGUCCAGGUGCUGGUACCUGUGGAUGGGGGGGUUACAAACAUGCAGUCUCUUCCCCCUGCGGUUUGGAAUUCAGAGCAGAACAAAUCCUUAUGGAAGUUAAGUGACAUUUCAGAGAAAUCUGAGAAUGAAGGUUCAGGAUCCCUCAGGGCUAAGUUUGAUCUCUCAGAAGGACCAUCUAACCCUGCCACCCUUGCAGUGCAAUUUCUUAGUGAAGGUAGUACUCUCUCUGGAGUUGAUCUCGAGCUUGUCGGAACAGGCUACAGACUCUCCUUGGUUAAAAAGAGAUUUGCUACAGGACGGUAUAUGGCGGACUGCUGAUGUUGCAGGACCUCUUGUCCUAAGAAGCACAGUUUGACUAAUGAAAAUAUCUCUUUGGCAUUUUAUUAAUUUUCUGUUCUUUGUGUCCUAUUUAUGGAGGGUAUAUGCAAAUCUGAAGAUUUUUGCAAUACCUUUGAUUUUUUUUCCUUCCCAUUUUUGUAACAUCUUGGCAUAAAUUGAAAUGCACCUUUUCCGAAGAAAUAUUUUUACUACAUGAAAU